GGGGUACGCCUCUCAAUGGCAGUUUACUUCAGCGGUUGACGCUGCUGUGCUCCGUGUGGUCUCUGGGCGGGGCGUGGGCAGAGCGGGGACGCGUCACCUGCUUCUGGGGUGAAAAGUGGCCCGGGGAGUCAGUGGGUGCAGCCGCUACCUUCCCUUCGCGGCCCCAAGCCCGCGCAGGAGAUGCCGCUCCGUCCCAACAUGGCGGCCGCUGCCUCCCGCCCGCGGGGCGAGCUGCGGCUUUUGGCAGUUACAGCCGCUGCCGCAGGCCGGGGCGGUCAUGGCGUGAAGGGCUGCUGUCGCGGUUCAGGUUAAGCAGUGCCUAAGGUGUAGAUAGGUCAGUGCACCUGUACCAGCUAUAAAUGUUGCUUUUAGACCAGGAUACGGAUUUUUUAUUUUUUUUAAAUACCAACGUUAAAUUAGUCAAAACCCAAUUCUUUUGGAGAGGUGAAGGAUGGAAAGUGCUUACGUGCAAAGCUGAUGAGCAACAAUUGUAAUGCUUCUCCAGGAGGUGAGGCAAUGUGCACCUGUCCAACAGCGCAGGUGGCAUUAAGGCCUGUGGCAGUUAAACCUCUUUUUAAUGGUCGGGUGUUUUCCUUUCUCCGCAGCCUCAAAGGCAACUCCUCUUUCCUGGGUUUAUGCUACGUAAGCCAAGGAGCAGCAAAAGCUGCCUGCUUUCCGGGGAACAUGGAGUCAAAAGCGAGAACAGAGCCAGGAAGGAAGGGGCUUCACCAGCCAGACCUCAAUCUGCAGAACCUGAGAAAGGAAUUGCUCCAAAUUUGGCAAUGUAGUAAUCACAGUGACUUCAGCUGCCCCAUCUGUCUCCAGACAGCUACUUUCCCAGUAGAAACCAACUGUGGACAUCUAUUCUGUGGUGCCUGUCUGAUCACAUACUGGAAACACAGUCCCUGGUUAGCAGCCAUAACUUGCCCUCUCUGCAGACAAAAGGUGGUUAUUCUGGAUAACAUCUCUUGUGAGAAGCAACAAGAUAAGCCAAGUAAACAAAUUGUGCACGACAUCAGAGAUUACAACAAGCGUUUCGCAGGGCAACCUCGACAUUUUGCAGAUUACCUUUACGACAUGCCGUUAUUCCUGACUCUUGCCUUGCGUGGAAUCUUCACCUGGGGCGGUCUUGUAUGGAUUUUUUUUCUAAGAGUUGCUGUUUGCUCCUUCGGAACAAUCAUAUGCCUGUCUUCUUCAUUUGACACAAAGCCCGAGCCUCUCUGUAGUACGCUUGGAACAGCUGAUGACAUGGCAGUUGUUUCCCUUCUUUUAAUUUGCAUGAUAAAUAUUUGUCAGCAAAUUGCAUCUAAUGGGGCAAAUAUUGCAAGGUCCGCAGCUCAGAGCAUGCUGUCAGAGUCCUGACUGACUCAAACUUGGAUUUCUCGAUCAAACUUCAUCAGGUGAUGACAGGCUUCUCUUUGAUUUGGGGCAGCCUAUGAUGGAUUUGUCAUUCUGCUGCUGACAAAGGCUGAAGCAGGACACAGCACUACUUGGCAUGGCCAAGUGAUUCAAUGUGCAAGUGCUCAGAAGGCUGGUUUUACACUGUACACUUGCUAGACUCUUUCUUGCUGCACAUGUUUUGUAACUUAUCUUCAUACAAAGUGCCUGAAUUGAAAACGUCUGAAGCUAUGAACAGAGCCUAAAAUCACAAUGCCAAGCAACUUGCAGCUGAAGAGUUGUAGAACUCCUGAGCUUUAACAUUUUACAUCUUGGCUCAAUUUGAAUAACAUAUUAAUUUGAGAACUUAACAAACAGUAGAAUUUGCCAAGUCUUGUAUAAUGCAAGGAAUGUUAGAUAGUAUCACUACAAAAUCUUGUAUCCAUGCUUUGUGUUAUCCCAGCUGAUUCUAUAUCCACUGGAAUACAGAUUUUUUACAGACCUUCAAUGAGUGCAGUCCUGAUUUUAAAAAGGGUAACAUGGAACUGGUAGUAACACUGGCUUAGAAUAAAAAUAAUACAAGAGGAGAAAAGCAUUAACAAUCAUGCAAGAAAUGCGAACAAAACUUUAUGUAACUAUUUCGUGUAAGCCCAGGCAAGGUACACAGCUUCCUUGAACUCUGUGCAUCUAAGCUUUAACAAAGUCAGCAUGACUGUUUGUUUCCUUUCUAGACUUCAUACACUCCUUGUGAUUUCCUUGUAAGACUUGGUACCAGUUCAGGCCAAACUUAUGAUGCUGAUAAAAAUAGCAGGAAGUUUACAGAAAGUUUGCUGAAGUUGGGGUGUGCGGCAUGUCUGCAUUGAGCUGCAAAGAGUUAAAAAUGCUGCUGCAGUGCCAGACAAUCUGUCCCUGUACAAUCUGGACAUUUGCUAUGUAUUUAGAGUCAAUGGACUUCAUUUUUACAUAUGAAUUGUAUAUUAAAAUAGAUAUACUAAAAUUUAAGAAUAUUUAUUGUUCACAGUACACUGAUCUCCAACUGUUUUUUGCUUCUUUGUAUUUUCAGUUGACAUAUUUUAUUGUGCCCUUGAAUUGUAAGCUAUGAUAUACCAUAAUGCUGCAGUUGUUGUUUUGCUUGUUGUACUCUUCUUGUUAUGAUGUUUUUUCAUUUUAAUCCCAUCAACUUUCAUUGUCUUUAAUUAUGUCCCUGAACUUGUAAAGCUGUUUCUCUUAACAAUGGGUACUUUGGAAAUGGCAACAAUUGCUUUUCCAUGAACGACAAGGCAGGAAGUGCAUUGUUUCUUAAAAAAAAUUACCAGAUGUUUUUGAGUGCUGACUACUAACAUGAAAAAACCCAGAAACUAUUAUUUUCCAAGUUCUCUAAGUGUAGUUUUGUUAUUGUGUAACUUCUGUUUGCACUUAACUGGGAAUUACAGCCUAUGCCAAUACUAAAGAACGGUAUUUCUAUCAAGCUAAGUGUAUAAAGAUGGAGGCCAUUUCUGUAAAUACCGACUCCAUGGAAAGGGACUGUGGGUUGUUUUUCUUGCAUAAUACAGGCUCACCGAGAGGGCGGCAAUUUGCAGUUCGGAGAAAAAAGGGUUCUCGUUUUGUGACUGAUAACAGAGCUGUGUUUGAUCUGAGUACACUCUUCUGUUACCCCUCACUUCUUAAUUAGUUGGGGUCCCUGGUUUUGCUUUUUAAUCAGAACAGUAUCUUUGAUGAAGAAGUAACAGACAAACGGCAGAGAAAGAAUUUCUGAGAGAACCUCACUGAAGGCACUGCCAGUGUUUGGAUCUUGCAAAAUCAAAACAAUUUGUACUAUCAGAGGUGAAACAUUUUUGCUGUAUGCAACCAGAGCGUCCAAACUCUUCACUUCCACAGCCCAGUUAUGCCGUGACCUGUGCUUGUGAGCCUGGCAGAACCUUGUAGGACUAACUGUCCAGUACAGCCUUCAAAAAUCACCUAGGAACAAAUAAAAGCCUUUUGUUGCCUGAAUUUGGCCAGCAGACAGCCAGGAAGGUUUCUGAGUACUGACAAAUGCAAGUCUAAGGAGGGAAAACUCUCUCUCCCUCUGCAUUCUCCGUACCUGCGGUCGCAGAGUUCAGCUCUGCAGCUGGCGAGCUGUACAGACAGACACGCUCUGAGCUGGGUCUGGCUGCAGCAACGCGAUGAGAACGGGCAGGGAGAGCUGGGCUGUUUCAGGGCUGACUCCCCGCAAGGCAGCUGGCAGGAUGGAAGGAAUGCACCUGCAUUAUGAACAUAUUUUCAGCAACUGUGUCUGCUCAGCCUAGUCUUUCAGUGUCAACAGUGGCCCAUUUCACAUCCACAGUGAUUAAUGUGCCCUGAGGGUGAGCUACUUGCAAAAGACAAAAUGGCACAAAUUAUUGAUAGCCAAACAACUGUGCUGGAAGAAUGGAGGCAGAGAAAAAGAGAACAGAAAACAGAAGAAAACAGAAAAUAAAAAAAGAUUGCACAGCUGUAAAA